UCCGCUCCCUUCCCGGGCGGGAAUCCGGGCCGGGUUGUCGCCGCGGCCGCGUACGUGAGCGCAGUGUCCCGGAGAGGGAGGGCAGGCCGGCCAGGUGGGCGCGAACGGAGCCUGGGCGGGCGAGAGGGCGGCCGGAGCGGAGCCGGGUCGUGGGCCGCGCCGGUGGGUGUGCAGGGGCGACGGCAGCUGCAGCCCGGAGCCGAGCCGAGCUGUCCACGCCGGAGCUGCCCGGCCCGCGCUAGUGCUGGUGGCGAGGCGAGGAAAGAGAGCAGCAUGGCCAGUGUGCUGUCCCGGCGCCUCGGAAAACGGUCCCUCCUGGGAGCCCGGGUGUUGGGGCCGCCCGGGGCUGCCCCACCUUCGGAGCCGCAGGCGGAGCUGCUGGAGGGGGCGGCUGCCCAGCCCUUCUUCACCUCCAAGGACACGUCCUGUCAGGAGCAGCCCAAGGAAGUCCUCAAGGCUCCCAGCACCUCAGGCCUCCAGCAGAUGGCCUUUCAACCUGGGCAAAAGGUAGGAUGGUGCCUGAGUGGACAGGUGUAUGUGUGGCACGGGGGGCAGGAGUGCACGGGACUGGUGGAGCAGCACAGUUGGGCAGAGGACAAGGUGACGGUCUGGCUGCUGGACCAGAAGUUACAGAUCUGCUGCAAAGCGGAGGAGGUGUGGCUGGCCGAGCUGCAGGGCCCCGUUCCCCAGGGGCCACUUCCGGAGCAGGGAGCCCAGGCGCAAGCCUACAGGCCUGUCUCCAGGAACAUUGACGUCCCCAAAAGGAAGUCCGAGGCGGUGGAAAUGGACGAGAUGAUGGCGGCCAUGGUGCUGACGUCCCUGUCCUGCAGCCCGGUCGUGCAGAGUCCUCCUGGGGCCGAGGCCAACUUCUCUGCUUCCCGUGCGGCCUGCGACCCGUGGAAGGAGAGCGGCGACGUGUCCGACAGCGGCAGCAGCACCACCAGCGGGCACUGGAGUGCGAGCAGUGGCGUUUCCACCCCCUCGCCCCCCCACCCCCAGGCCAGCCCCAAGUAUCUGGGGGACGCCUUUGGUUCUCCCCAAACCGAUGCUGGAUUUGAAACUGAUCCGGACGCUUUCCUGUUGGAUGAACCAGCUCCACGUAAAAGAAAGAACUCGGUGAAGGUGAUGUACAAGUGCCUGUGGCCAAACUGCGGCAAAGUCCUGCGCUCCAUCGUGGGCAUCAAGCGCCACGUGAAGGCCCUCCACCUGGGGGACUCUGUGGACUCCGACCAGUUCAAGCGGGAGGAGGAUUUCUACUACACGGAAGUGCAGAUGAAGGAGGAAGCUGCUGCUGCUGGCACCCCCUCCGCCGACUCAGCCCCCACCCCCGGUGUGACCAGCCCGCCCCUUGCCAUUCUUCCACCGCCUCCUCCCAAAGGCCAGCCCUCGGGCCCAGAGCACCCUGGCCUGGAAUCCUACCUGCCCUCCGGUGCUCUCAGCAAGUCAGCUCCCAGCUCUUUCUGGCACAUUCAGGCUGACCAUGCAUACCAGGCCCUGCCGUCCUUUCAGAUCCCCGUCUCACCGCACAUCUACACCAGUAUCAGCUGGGCCGCCGCCCCCUCCACGGCCUCCUCCCUCACUCCGGUCCGGAGCAGGUCUCUAAGCUUCAGCGAGCCCCAGCAGCCACCACCUGCCAUGAAAUCUCACCUGAUUGUCACGUCUCCACCCCGGGCCCAGAGCAGCACCAGGAAGGCCCGCGGGGAGGCUAAGAAGUGCCGCAAAGUGUACGGCAUUGAGCACCGGGACCAGUGGUGCACAGCCUGCCGCUGGAAGAAGGCCUGCCAGCGCUUCCUGGACUGAACCGGCCGGCCGGCUCCCCCUCGCUGCUCCCGGCCCCACGGCAGCCAGAUGACAAAAGGCGGACCCGUGAGCCCUCAGCAGACACCUACCGAUAAAGAGUGGACACUGGGAGUGUGGGCUCUCUUGGCUAAGGUUUAAUACUUAAACCCCUUUUCCCUCCCUUGUGGGCACAUUUUAUUUUUUAAAAAGAGAAUCGAACCUAUUUUUUCCCCCCUCAAGGAGGAGAGAGCCAAAACUGACCAAGGGUAUUCUGCAGCGAACUAGAGACCAAAGAAUGAAUGGGCCUCCCUUCCCCACAUCCCCUCUCGCCAGGGGAUUAGUGUGUAAGCAUCAAAAGAAGGAACCGCUCAUUCUGUUUCCUGCUGAGUUGGUGAAUUCUUUGCUUUCUCAACUCACCCAGAAAGGACUGUGAGCAAGAUGAAUUUACUUUUCUAAAAAAACAAAAAACAGUUUCUGGCUGAUGACUCAGAGAGCAGGACCUGCCAUUGGAGUGGGAAGAGUGGGGGGUAUCUGGGUGGUUUUUUGGUUUUUUUUGCAGCAAGUCCUUCUCCACCUGAACCCUGGAGAAUGGAGAGCUUGUCUCACCAAGCAGCUUCCAUGGAAGUAAAAGGACAACCUUCUGGUGACAACUCUCUGAAUCUGGGUCCCCUCAGACGCUGGGUGGCGUCCCAACACAUACUGUGCGGCUGCUUCUCAAAGCCCAGACUCAGCGUUUUUUAAAGACUGUCCCCAAAUAGCUGAGCCAAAAGGCUGAUCAGAAUUCACUUUUUGACAUGUGGCGGUCAAACACUACCUUGAUAUUCUUUCCUCUUUCCUUGAGGAAAAGCAAGAGGGUUUCCGUAUCUGUGAAAGCUCUCUGCUAAAACACUUUUUUUUCUUUUAUGGUGUAUUCAGAAGCCUUUAUCUGAUUAAAGUUCCCCUUUAUUUGGGUGGUAGGUUCCUCUCUGCCUCUGCUUUCACCAGGGAUUUCCCCAUUUCCCUCCCGAGGCUACAGGCAGGGCUGGUGGGGAAGGAGAGAGAAGAGCAUAGGUAGGUAGGUGAGUGGCAGCUUGCCCACCGAUGGAGAAGCAGUUGGCAGGUCUCUCAUUGUUUGAUGGCUCAGCUGCCCCUUUGGGAGCAAUCUCAUCCCUCCCUCAGGUGACAAGUGGGAUAGGACACAAGGCAGGAGGCUUCUGGAUUUGUUACCCUGGUUGGCCCAGCCCGGUGAUGAGGAGGAAACGUUAUCUUAGUGUGGUGUGACCUUCCCAGGUACCUGCUAGCACCUUCUCAGGAUGGAGAAGGUAGAGAGAGUGCUGAGGAAAUGGAGUGAGGAGGGGAUGCCUUCCCAGCUCCUGUCGAGUUAGCCCGGGGUGUUUCUGGAGCCCUCAGCAAUUGAGGGGAGCCUGUACCGCAUUGCUCAGGAGGUUAAGGGAAGGCCCCUGUUGGUUUCAGAGCCUCGCCUUCCUUCCUAGGAACUGUGGCCGUUCCCUGGGGCCUGCUUGACCAGCUGCCUUGGACCCAUGUCCUAGAUGUCAGGGGCUCAGGGAACCCCACCAAGCCACUCUGGGGACAGAGCAGCACCCCCCCCCCCCAGGGGGCUGUCAUUGAGCCCAGGAGGAAACCUGCCCCAGGGGGAAUACCUGCCGGGGGAGGCAGGUGGAGUGUGAGGACACCUGCCCACCUGAGAACAGGGUGUGGCUUGUGAAGGGUGAUGGGGACCCGGGUUUGGUGACAGAGGGAAAGACAGUUAUGCACAGGUGUCUUGGGUGGUGAUGGGGUAUAUUUUUGUAACUUCGUGAAAAAAGGUAUGUGGAAUCUCUUCCUUGGUAAAGCUCAAAGCCAGGCCAGCCGGAGGUGGCCCAGGGCUCUCCUUCCUGUCCCUUCAGCCUCCCCGAGAAUGAAAAGCUCGUCCUGAUUCUACUCACCUCCCACGCUGUCCGUUUUCAGGGCUUCUCGGGGAGGGGAGGGGAGGGAAGGGGAGGGCGUGUGUGAGGCGCGGGAUGCUGCCCAGCAGUAUCUUCCCUUCCCUCCCCUUCCCUUCUUAAUCCCAUCUUUAGAAAAGCUGUUCUCAUUUCCCCCCUCGGUUUGGAUUGUGCAGAUAUAACUGGAUAUAAAGGUUUUCUCUAAGGGAGGUAGGCUUUUCAUGUCUUUGGUACCCAGGGCAGAGAAGGAAGAGAGAAGGAAGAAGUUGACGAAACCAUUGAAAAACAGAGGUGGUUUUAUUGUUUAUUUUAUCUUUUGGUGUUUUGUUUUGGUGCAGCUUUCCCUGUCCGCAUUUGCUCCUGUCUUAUUUCGGGUGGUGGCGGCCCCCUCUGGCCUCCCUUUUCCCGCACCUCAACCUCGUGGCUGUUGUGUUGGUUCUUGACAUGUGGUCUGUCCUUGGGGUUACCCCGUUUGUUUCUUCUCGGAGGGUGGGGUGGUUUGUGAACCGAUCCAGCGAUCGUGCCUGUUUUUUUUUUUCAUCUCUGUGUCUCUCUCCCUAACUUCCCGGCCCAGCUGGGCAGCAGAAUCUGAGAGAAGGUAAGAUGCCACAGGUGCACAUUGGAAACUAACAGGACUGAUCGUCAAAUGCAGUUAUUUUUGGGAAACUUUAUUUCACUGGCAUUACCCUUAUUCAAAAUAUUUCUUGGAAUUACCUUGGGAGUCUGGUGCCUACGGUGACCAGCCUUAAUGAUACGAAACCUGCCCUCAGGCUUCCUCAGUGCAGAGAGAGUCCCGAAUGUCGGUGGCUAAGUGGGGUCACGGGUGCAAAGCACAAGGACUGACUAGUGAGUCCAGUAAUUGGACUCAAUUAUGUGAUGUUGGAGCUGGCUGGGGAAGCAGUUCUGCAGUUUUAGAGAGCAUUUUGAGCAAUGUCCACAUGGCGAUGGUACACCUAUGGCUUCUGUCCUUGGAGGACAUUAUUAAUUUGGAGGUGGAUACUCUGAUUUGUUUGAAGAAAUCUGUCCUGUUAUUUUCUGCUCCUCCCAGGUUCUGACUUUACCAGGGGCAAAAAAAAAAAAAAGAGAGAGAGAGGGAGAGGGAGGGAGAUAAAUCCCAUUUGUGAAUUUGUCUUAUUGGCGCCUUUUCCCCCAGCUGUCUUCCAAGUAUUAUUUUUACUGUUAAAAAAGUUUUUUGUUUUUUUUUAAAUGUGAAAUGUAAUGUUUUUACAGCAACAAUAUGAAAUAUAUUUUAUAAGGAAUAAAAUGGUACAUAAAAUGGUA